AUGCGCCGAGAGUGCGGCGGCGACAGCUUCGGGUUCGCCCACUGCGCCCUUAGGAGUAGCUGGACUUUCGUCGCGCAGCAAUUCCUAGCUCCUCCUUUUUCCUUUCAGUCCCCUCCCCCACUCUCCACGCAAUCCCCAUCGCCCUCUCCCUGUUCCCUCUUCCUUUCCGCGGCAGCGACCACAGGGCGGGCGGCAGGGCAGCCGAGGAGGCAGGAAGCCCGAGGAGGGGCGGGAGGGGGGAAGAGCAGGACGGCAAAGUAUCGGUUCAUACGUUUCUCUCAUUCUGUACCACGCCCAUCCCUCCCGUGCCCACCGUUCACCCACCCUGCGCCCACAGAGCUCUCAUCGCGGCCAUCUGCGGACGCCAAGCCCUACAAGCCGCCCAUGGACCUCGCCAUGUGGGACUUUGGGCAGUGCGACAGCAAGCGCUGCACGGGGCGCAAGCUGCUGCGCCUGAGGCUCAUUCGGGAGAUGCGUGUGCAGCAGCGCUUUGGGGGCAUCUGCCUCAGUCCAACAGGCCAGAGGGCGGUGUCGAGGGCAGACGCGCCGCUGCUGGCAGCCAAGGGGCUGGCCGUGGUGGACUGCUCGUGGGCUCGCCUUGGAGAUGUGCCCUUCGCUGCCCUCAAGUCGGGUGCUCCCAGGCUGUUGCCGUGGCUGGUGGCUGCCAAUCCAGUCAACUACGGCAAGCCCUGCCAGCUGUCAUGCGUUGAGGCCAUGGCUGCUGCUCUCUACAUCUGUGGCGACAAGCAAACAGCCUCGGAGCUGCUCAGUCGCUUCAAGUGGGGCCACGCCUUCCUCUCCCUCAACAGUGAGCUACUGGAGGCGUAUGCGGCGUGUGCGGACGGGGCGGAGGUGAUAGCGGCACAGCACAGGUGGAUGGAGAGGGAGGCGGAGCUCGCACAGGCCAGACAUGCCGGCACAGAUGUGCCUUCCCCAGGCAGCAGCGGAAGCGACUCAGAAGGUUCUGAUUCUGAUGAAGAUGCUGCACCUCUGUUCCGCAACCCAAAUCAUGGUGCUGGGUGGGGGAGAGGGGGUAGAGGAGGGGAGGAUGAGGAAGAUGAGGAGGAAGAUGAGGAGGAGGAUGAGAAGGAUGAGGAGGAGGGUGAGGAGGAGGAGGAUGAGGAUGAGGGUGAGGAGGAGGAAGGGCCGCCCAUUCUUCGCUUUUCCACCACCCGCCCCUUCAUGGUGCAAAUGGAUGGGAGGGGCCAAAUGGGAGGGCAACGGGAGGGGGCAUAUGAAGGGCAGGAAACAGAGUUGCCGCACACCGUGGUGCCACUGCCACUGGCCUGCUGGGCCGGCAGCGGCGACAAGAAGAAGGCGUUCGUCAGGCCGAAGCCUCUUGCCUUGAGUGCCACCGUCGUCCGCGCCAGCGGGGCUGGCCAGGCGAUGAGCCCGUUGAAGGUUGCGUGA